AUGGAAAACGAUAAACCGUUCGAAAUGAGCAAUAUUUUGAUCUCGUUAGAUAUCCAUAUCAAUGAACCGAUCGAUGCUAAAAUUCAGCAACUCAACCUAAAUGUCAUCGAUCGACACGGAAACACAUUGAGGCGCAAAAAUAACCUGCAAGACCAGAACAUACAGAUGGUCGUUGAUUUCCCUCUUUAUGAUCACAGGAAUGACUAUAAAUUAGAAUAUCUAGAUCUCUGUUUCGAGAAUAUCAAGAUUGAUCAAUCAUGGAAAUCAGUCCCGAAAGACAUUGAAGCUUAUAUCACAUUGAAAUUUGGUGUACCGGAAAUACUGAAAACAUACCAAGAAAAUUCGAAAGAGCUGCUGACAGUGAAGUCAAAGCUUUUUAAAAUAGAGAAUGAAGUGGAUCAGAUAAUUACACAAAUUAGACAAAUGUUGUCAGACGAGAGUAAGCUAAGAAAUGUGAACGAAGCAAUAUUGAGCAACUUCUCAUUAUUCGGUAUUCUCAUAGUACUCAUUCUCAUACUAUCUGGAGCAGUGCAGCUAUGGUGGCUCAUCAAUUGUAUGAAGCAGAAAAGCCUUUUGUAA